GGUAAACGGAGCGCAGAUAAAUGAUGCAGUGAUACGAUAGGCUAUUGUAAUCCGUUGUCCACGGCCUGAUUAACUAUAGCAAGACGUCUUGUUGAGUUUUAGAAAAUGAAUUUUACAAGCACUGAGAAACGCGAAUUUGACAGCAUACAAAUCGAGCUUAUUUAUUUAUGACGGAAACGUCUUUGGUAGAGCCAGAAAACAGCGUACUAAAAUACUGCAUCAACCAAUGAGAGUGAAGGAUUUUCUGAGUGAGAAACGUAAGCUGAAGGUCAACUAAUCAACUUAUGUGAGAAAACAUAAAACAAUCAGAAAUUAGGACCUUUUCCUUGUGAGUUCCGAGGAUCUACCUUCACCAACAAAAUUGCAGAUCAUGGGUCACAAGAGUGGUGAAUAAAAGUUCAAAACAAUAGAUACGGUCACAAAUAGCAAAGAAAGAACAACACUGUACUAUCAAGUAUAGAUUUGGUGACGAAAUAAAAGUCUUUAAGUUAGGUCACAAUUCCAGUUCAUAUCGAUGAGAGAAUGAUAAGCCAAUAAAAAUGUGGAUUUACAUCAUCUAGAAACUGGUAUUACAAAGCUGUCAGAUGCUUGAAUUACAUCACACACACUACCUACAAAUUUCAAGUAGUUAAAAUAAAUGUACACAAUUUCACAACUCAUUCAUCUCAAUGAAUGAUGUUGUUUUUUAACCAGAACGAAAGAAACAUCCGUUUGGAUUCUGAUUUUAUUGUCUCAAUUUAGUCAAUUGAUUGCUUGCUAAAGCAUUUACUCUUCUCCCAUAAAUGCAACUUCGAUCCAUGUGUUCUGUGUUUGGGAUGUAAGAUCCCCAGAACUCGCUUGAUAAAUGUCUUAUUUCGGUUUCUCGUUUGCGAGCAUGGGCUGAUCAUUUGAGUUUGAGAUUUCAAUUCUCAGCAGGAAAAUCCAUGGCUGUGCUUAGCUGCUGUGUAUUUUAGUGUGCUAUAUUCGUAACUGCCCAAACGACAUUUCUAUGAUGCAUAGAUAAACAAGAGUUGUAUGCUUGAUUGUAUUGUGAUUGCCGAGUGUUGUAGAAUAUACUUUCUAAGCUUAUCAAGUCUUCUGUUUUGCAGUUUUGAUUGAAAGUAGCCUACCUAGACGCUGGUUAUUGUCUCGUUCGCGUUAACCGACUAAGGUGAACUCGUAAUAGCUUCAAGCGUACCUAGUGAUGAACAUAACAUUUAGCAUUGUCUUUAGUAAAGUGGUUUAUUUUAAACUAAAAUGAAAAUCUUAAAACAGUAAAUUGAAAUCAAGUUAGAAUUAAGUUUGAUGUAGACAACUUGAAAUUUUUAUAGUUCAGGGCAAAUGCAUAACAUUUUUACUUACUUUACUUUUACUUACGCCUGUUACCCCCAAUGGAGCAUAGCCCGCCCACCAGUUUUCUCCAACCAACUCUGUCCUGGACUUCUCUCUCCAGUUCUGUCCAAUGUUUGUUCAUUCCUCUCAUAUCUUUUUCUAUUUCUCGGCGUAGUGUAUUCCUUGGCCUUCCUCUUUUCCUUUUGCGUUGAGGGUUCUAUGUGAGGGCUUGUCUUGUGACGCAGUUAGGUGCUUUUCGUAGUGUGUGUCCGUAUUGUUGGUUGUGUCAUUGGUUCUGGAAUAUUUAUCAGUCCAACUGGUAUUAUGAAAAAUGUUCAUAGUAUUGGUGCAAGUUUAAUUAUAUGGGUGGCUUGCGGAAUUUUCAGUAUGUUCGGAGCAUAUUGUUAUGCUGAAUUAGGAACUAUGAUUCAGCGAUCUGGUGAUGAUUAUAUUUAUAUGUAUGAGGCGUUUGGUCCCCUACUUGGUUUUCUUCGUUUAUGGACUGAAGUAGUCGUCGCACGACCUGCAUCUGUUGCAAUAAUGGCAAUAACAUUUGGAAAAUAUAUUGCACAACCAAUAUUUCCUGAUUGUAGUCAACCUGAAAUUGCUGUACGUCUUUUAGCUGCAGCAUGUAUUCUUUUAAUAACUUUUAUCAAUGCUUACUCUGUAAGAUUGUCAACAUUUGUUCAAGAUAUAUUCACUUAUGCUAAAGUAGCUGCUUUGGUGAUGAUUAUUAUUACUGGAUUUGUACAAAUUGGUUUUGGUAAAGUUGAUGGACUUGUUGGUGCAUUCGAAAAUUCCGAUUGGAGUCCAGGUGCACUGACUAAAGCAUUUUAUGUUGGAUUAUUUGCAUAUUCUGGUUGGAAACAUUUAAAUUGUAUGAUUGAAGAAAUGCAUAAUCCUCGUCGUGAUUUACCAUUGGCUGUAGUUAUUUCAUGUCUUAUUAUUACAAGUAUUUAUACAAUGGCAAAUGUAGCAUAUGUAACCGUAGUACUACCACAUGAAAUAUUGACUACACCGGCUGUAGCUAUUGUAAGUUAUCUAAGCCAACGAUGA